GUGCGUAGACGCGCCCGUCAGCUCCGGUCGGAGGAAGGCUCUGCUCCGCGCCACCAUGGAGCGCGUCGAGGGGGUGUCCGUGGGCUUCUGUGCCCACUCGCCUUACCUGCGGCCUCUCACGCUGCAUUACCGCCAGGAUGGUAUCCAGAAGUCCUGGGACUUCAUGAAGACACAUGACAGUGUGACCAUUCUCAUGUUCAACUCUUCUCAGAGAAGCCUGGUGUUGGUGAAGCAGUUCCGGCCAGCUGUAUAUGCAGGCGAGGUGGAACGCCACUUCCCAGGAUCUCUGGCAGCUGUGGACCAGGACCAGCCCAAACAACUUGAGCCAGCACUGCCUGGCUCAGUGGGAGUGAUGGUGGAACUGUGCGCCGGCAUUGUGGACCAGCCUGGGCUCUCACUGGAAGAAGUGGCCUGCAAGGAGGCUUGGGAAGAGUGUGGCUAUCACCUGGUCCCCACUGAUCUGCGCAGAAUUGCCACAUACAUGCUGCCAACCAGGGCUUUCCUCAAAUGGAAAGCCACUCCUUGCCUCAGGGUGCCCGUCACCCCCACCAACACCAACAAUGACAAGGCUGCAUACCUCCAACCAAGAAGAACAGAGUCCCUGGCACCUCUUUCCUGGCACACUCCACAUGGCCAGGGACCUCCUGCCUCCAUCCCUGAGGACCUCACCUGUGUACCUAGCUGUGGUUGGACCAUGUUAGAUCCGGAGUGUUGACCAUCUUGCCUCUGAAGGGCUGGCUUGUACCCAAUGCUGUGUCCUCCAUGUGGACAGCCAGCAAUGCCUGAUCCUUCAGCUUCCAACAUGGCAGUGCUUAGGGCAGGGGGAAGGAAUCUAAGGAGGCUGACCUUGAUUUGUUUGGCCAGUGUCGGGGACAGACAGGGAUGGAGGGCAGGAAGGAAGUUAGCCUGGGGGUGUGGGGAGCGAUGUCCUGGCAGAUGUUUGAGGACAGGGAACCUUGUCUUAAGAGGUUUCCUAGGCAGAGCCUCUGGGCUGUGUCCUGACUGGAGAAGAUAUUAGAGAGCCAGUGAGCGUUCUGGACAGUGAACAUCCUCCCCGUAUUUAUUCUUUGAAGAGGAGGAUGUGGCUGUGAGGAAACGUGACUGAGGGUUAGGCUAAGUGAAGGUCAGAGCACCUGUCCCUGUGGGACUUACUGGGACUGAACAGACCUGACCCAUGUACUGGUUCCCUGCCCAAGACCAAAGAGGUAAGCCAGUCCACUCCCUUGAUAGCCCAUAGAUGACUAGACCCAAGGAUAGCAAGGGUGCCUUGUGAUAUGAAUGAGAUUAGAACCUGCCUAGGCUGGAGGCAGCCUCUAGCCUGACCAGAACACAGGCUGGAGAUGUCUCCUUCAUAAGCUGGGGAAACGGAGGCUGGAGGCUAUACAGACUGGCUGAUUUCAGUCCCAGGUGCAGCCAUGACUACCAGGAAAAUGAGCCAUCAGGUCAGGGUCUGUGGGGACAGCGGUAGCUGCACAUGGCCAGUCUCAGGUUAGGGUCCUCCCCGUGGGGAUUGGGAGGCCUUGAGUAUUUCCCAGCUCUGCCCCUGCCUCCAUGAAGUGUCCUGCUGAGAGAUUCCUUACCUCUACCACCUGUCUGGACCUGUAUUGGAAUUCUGUCCUUUGUGUGGGGAGGCCUUCAAGCUCUACCACCACACCCAGUCCAUGGCUCCCCAGGCAAUCAGAAGCCCCCGAUGUAGGUGGGGCUGGCUUGGGCCUUAGCGUUAUGGGAGUCAGAGGCCCUGUUUGGGUACGGAGGGUGUCGUGAGCAGGGGCCUAGGGGAGUCCAAGGGCCUGUCACAGACUCUAGAGCUUGCUCGUGACCUCAUGGCCUUUGUAUAUGCACAGUGUGCCUCCAGGGUCCUUGUUCUUCCACUCAGGGUCUCAUAGCUGCAUUCAGAGCUGCCAGUGACAUCCAUGACCCAUCCAGGUGCAAAGGUGGCAGAAUCUAACUCCUUGUGGCUCUGGGAUAGAGGCCUUUUCCUGACUAGCUGAUAACCAGGAACGGCUUUCAGAUGGUGAUGCCCGCAGGUCCCUGUUGGCCACGUGUGUCCUUACAACACAGCAGCUUGUCUAGGCUCUGGUUAGAGCCUGGAGCUGUCUUGUGAGCUCACGUGAUCAGGCCGGGCCUAUCCAUGUGUCUCCCUUGGGAUGAAUUCAGUCAGGUAGCCGGACAGGGUCCUGGGUCUAUGAUCUACAUAAGACAUUCUUUUUGGUUUCCCCUAGAUGUCAGUUAUCAUAUUCAUCUUGAAAGUUGGAUGGUGAGCCUAGCAUUUGGUGGCUGAGCCAUCUCUCCAGCCCAAUUAUCAAAUUCAUCUUAAAAAUCACUUCAGUGCCCUUUGUGUCUCUUUCCUAAUUGGUGUGAGGCCCCACCUCUGUCAUAUGACAGCCUAGUGACAGGAGGCAUGCCCAACAUACAUGAGGCUCCCCCACUGUAGGGGCCAGACUACCUGGAGGUGCCUACCAGGAGUCGUGUUUGGGAAGGGUGAAGCUACUCAGAAAGCCAGAGAGAGAAGCAUUGGAGCAGGGUGGCUGCAGGGCCACCAUGGUAUCUCAGCAUUUCCUGUU